UGCUUAAUAAUAAUAAUUGCAUAACUCAAGUGCAGCUUUAAGUUUGUUAAUCAACAUCAGAACGUCGCCCAAAAAAAUCCAGAGUUCAGUUUUCUAUUAACUGAAUUAAAAAGUGUUCGCUGUUCUCAAAAGUGCCGUUUUUUUUCUUACAAACACCAGGAGAAGUAGAAUACAGCUAUACAUAAAUGCUAUAAAUAUAUAAAUAUCUGAUAAAAAUAUUUUUUUGUAACCACAUAAAAAGAUUUGUCACUGUUCAAAGAUGCAACAUUUAAUUGAAAUCUCGUUUCUAUCUUCAACGUUUUUUUUUAAGAAACUUCAUAUGUUAUCUAAUGUAAAAUACAACAAAUUAAGGAACUUUCUUUGGAAACACCAAAUUGCAUUUAUUCCCAGAGAAAUACAUAUAUGUAUUUAGCGCGAACAUAGCUUCAAAACUUGAAUUUACAAUUUAUGCAGACCUUGUAAACAGCCAUCCAAAGAAAAACAAGUUUUUUAUUUCAAAAGAAACCAUAACUGGUUGUUGGUAAUUAAACUAUGAAAUUUCGGGUUUUCAUUUUGUAUAAAUAUAAUUAUUUUUCGGGUACAAAUUUUAAAUACACCACCAAAUUUAUGUGACAUAUUGAUAUUGAUUAGAUUCUGACUAGACGUUGUUUUAUGCGACUAAUUAGGAAGAGAUAAAGAAUAACACACGCAAUAACAUAAAGUUAAAAAUAUGCAUAAACUCAUCAUAAAUUGAUCUAACGUUACUACUACGUUUAUUUAAAAUAUUAGAAAAACAUAAUUAGCAUAAUUCCUCGAUACAAAGUCGAAUGACUUAUAGAAAAAUUCACUGUUUUAGUUCGGUCUUCAACAUAGAUCUAAAUAUGUGGAAACCACUCGAAUGGCAGGAUUUUAUCAGCAUAGAAACAUUUCCCCUCAGACAGUUUCUUCUGGUGUUCUUCACCUCUACAUCAGUAAUUUGGUUUUUACAAAUUCUAUGGAACAGAAGAACGCUCUACAAAGAAUCUUUUAAAUUACCCGGUCCAUUUGCUCCACCCCUAAUAGGAUCGGCGCUGAAAUUGAGCGGAAAUUCGUAUGGUCUUUUUGCAUCAAUAUCCCAGCUAUUUGACCAGUACCCGAGACUAUUCAGGGUGUGGUUUGGUACCCGACUGUUCUACGCAGUGUCCGAUCCGAGGUACUUUGAGAUUUUGAUGAAUAGUCAACACGCUUUGAAGAAGGAACAUUUAUACCGGAUGGCUGAACCCGUAUUCGGACAAGGACUUUUUAGUGCACGAUCUGUUCCAUAUUGGAAAGCGCAUCGAAAAGUAAUCACGCCAACAUUCAACCAAAAAAUCCUCAAUGGUUUUAUGGACAUUUUCACCGAACAAUCGAAUAUUCUGUCUGAUGUUUUGGAAAAGUACGCUGGAAAAGGAGAAGUCGAUGUUUUCAAGCUGUUUUCCAGUUGUACUUUGGAUAUUAUAUGCGAAACUGCCAUGGGAGUUCAGAUGAAAGCCCAAUCCACCGAAAGCCGUUUUGCUGAACAGCUUGAAAAGGUUUUAGAAAUCAUCACUAUAAGGAUUUUUAAUAUAUUCUACCACUGGGACUUUUUCUUUAACCUCACGCCAUUAGGGCGAGAAUUUAGAGUUGCUGGUAAAGAGCUUCGCGCGUUUACAAAACAGGUACUGGACCAAAAAAAGGCGCUUAAAGAAGGAAGGAAGACGCAUGGCCUUACAUUAGAAAGUACUCCCAAAAGACUAGCCUUUCUUGAUUUGCUCUUGGACAUAAACGAUAGUGGAGAGUUUAAAUUUACUGACGAGGAAAUAAUGGAUGAAACCCUGACUCUGCUGUUUGCAGGUUCGGACACGACAGCGACCGUCGACAGCUACACGUGUACAAUGUUAGCAAUGCAUGAAGAUAUUCAGGAAAAAGUAUUAGCAGAGAUUCUGGAUGUUGUGGGGCCAACCGAAAGUGUCGGAUUAGACCAUUUGCCGCAGCUGAAAUAUUUGGAACGGGUGAUCAAAGAAACCAUGCGACUUUUUCCUAUCGCGGCAAUUCUAGUUCGAAAGGCUGAAGAAAAUAUCGACAUUGGUGACCACAUAAUUCUAAAGGACUGUUCGAUUGUGUUCGGAAUACUGAAUGUUCAUAGAAACGAAAAAUACUGGCCACAGCCAAAUAAAUUCGAUCCUGAUCGAUUUUUGCCGGAAAACGCAUCGGCAAUCCAACCGGGCUCGUAUUUGCCUUUUUCAUAUGGGCCGAGGAACUGCAUAGUUACUCUGUUUCAGAGUAACUGUACAGGGUGGGUUACAUUCGAGCCUCAUCAUUGAAAUGUCGGUAACUAAAAGAGAUAGAAAAUGGAUUAAAUCAAGGCAAAGUUUUCCAGCGACUUUGUAUAAUUCAACUCGCAGUAAGGCAAGUGUUCAAUUAGAACUUUAAAUAUUUUAUUUCUUGAAUUCAAUUUUACUCUAUUUAUUACCGAUACUCGCAUAUCAUUUUUGUACCUCAAGGCAACACAAAUCUCAUUGAAUAUUCAAUGGAAAAUGAGCAGAAAUCACAUUUAACAUCACAUUUAACAGAUGGAAACGAAAAUAUUUUGGGCAAUAACGCAGAUUAGACGAUUGGCCUUUUUCAUGGUACCCAAAUUUCAAAUCCCAUCCCCCAUUUUAUGUGCUUAAAAUAUAACCUGCGGUUUAAGAAAAAAAUGCAAUUUUGCAGGUGAUUAGCCAGCAAAGCUCAGUGACAAAACCAUCUAAAUAUACCUGCUUUCAUGGAUUCCAAAACUUAGAUACAUUAUUUUCAAUGAUCUAUUAAUGACCAACAAUGAACCUUGCCUGCACAUGUAAAUUCUACUUUUUUUAGGCCCGAAAUAUGCGAUGAUGGACAUGAAGGCUCUUCUGGCGACAGUACUUCGAAAAUAUCGAGUGGUGACCUCCUACAAGAGAAUAGAGGACAUAGAAGUGAAAAUGAACUUACUUUUACGUCCUCGGGAUGGAUAUAAAGUAGCUUUUGAAUUACGUACGUGAUUCUUCCAACUUUUUAGAAUAUUUAUUUAUAUGGUGGUUGUUCUUAUUUCUAUAGCUAUUUCGAAAAUAAAUAGUUUUUAUGUAGA